AGCUAGUUUUGGAAGGUGAAAAACUACUUUGCCCACAUAUUGUAUGAGCUGCAUUGACUCUGGGCAUCCUCUCGUCCUCCUCCGGUGAUGUCACCGCGGACGGAUCCGUCGUAACCGGAGCUGCUGAUGGCGUCACUGCGCGUCUCGAGCGCGCUGGCGGAUCUCAGCAGCAGCAGCAGCAGCGAAGAGCGACGCGAGCGUGGCUCCGGCGGCCGGGAUCGAGCGACGCCCAGCCGGACACCGAGCGAGGAGACGAUGCAGGCUGUAGCGGAGGAGCUGCGGGCCGGCUCCCGGAUCCCGGUGACCGUCGAGCAGAUCGUCAACGACACGCUGGUGGUGACGCUCACGUACCGCGAGAGGAGCUACACCGGCGUCCUGCUGGACUGCAGCAGAAAGACUGGGCUGUUUUGCCUUCCAGACGUUUUUGGAAAAUCCGAAGAGAGCCUCAUAUUGAAACCGGACUGUGAAGUCUCGAGUGAAGAGGCUUCCUCUGAACCUGUUAGUCAGCUGACGCAGCGACCAAAAGAUGAGAACACGGAGCCUGAGGUGGCACCUCCGCCCGCUCCCGUACCCAUCCCGGUGCAACCGGGCCAGCCCACAUAUCCGCCGUACUUCGAAGGCGCCCCGUUUCCGCAGCCCAUGUGGGUCCGGCACACAUACAACCAAUGGGUACCGCAACCACCGCCACGUCCAAUCAAGAGGAAGAAGAGACGAAGUCGAGAAACUGGAAGGAUGACCAUGAGCACAAUCCGACUGAGACCUCGGCAGGUGCUGUGUGAGAAAUGCAAAAACACACUAAACAGCGACGAGGAGAGCAAAGAUGGACCAACGGUGCCCAAGACGUCUAGGAAGGAGAACGCUCCUCAAACUGAGGAGGACACUAAAUCAACCCCAGCCAAGAGGAAGGACGACGGAGACAACAACAACAAAGAGUCAAAGAGACGAGAGGAAUCGACGGUCUAUGACAGCAAACGCUUCCGCAAGGACAAGAAAGACGAUGAGAAGCUUCCCAAAGGGGACAUCGUUCCCCAUAGUCCCGUGAUUAAGAUCUCUUAUAGCACUCCACAAGGCAAAGGCGAAGUGAUGAAGAUCCCCUCGAGGGUUCACGGUUCUGUCAAACCUUUCUGCCCGAAGCAGCUUCUGCAGAAUGGCCACGGAGAGCAAAACGCUUCCAAGGAAUCCCAAAAAGUCAUGCAAUCUCCUGUAGACACCAUCCGAACGGGUCUUACCAUUUCAAUUCCCAAACUCAAGCUCCCAAAGUUGAGUAAUCCGGACGCCCAUUCACCCAAGAUACACUUGAGAUCCCGGGCCGACGGAGCGGAGCAGGUGUCCGCUUACGAGGCGGAACUAGUGGACGGCGUUCGGAGGAAAAGUCCUAGAGUUCCCAACUCUCAGUCUGAAGAUGGUGCGGAGAAGAAUUCGCUAGAGCUUUGGUCAGGCGAGGAAGUGGAACGGCACGGCGACUUGACUUUACUCAUCAACUUCCGGAAGAGGAAAGCAGACUCGUCGAGCCUCUCCGUGUGCAGCAGUGACAGUCUAGACGAGUCCAAGUCGUUCAGCUCCGACGGAACGUCACCGGAAAUCUGCGACCUCGCUCCAGGCGACGAUAUCGCAGUCUCGUCUUCCUCUCAAGGGGAAAGUAAGACUGUUCCGCCUCUCACCGUACGACUGCACACUCGCAGCAUGACUAAAUGCGUGACCGAGGAAGGUCACGGCGUAACAGUGGGUGAUGUUGUUUGGGGGAAGAUCCACGGAUUUCCCUGGUGGCCUGCGCGGAUACUCAGUAUUAGUGGUAUUCGUAGAGAAGAAGGCGAGGUCGAUGCUCCUUGGCCCGAAGCUAAAGUCUCCUGGUUCGGUUCGCCCACCACCUCCCAACUCUCAGUUGCCAAACUCUCGCCAUUCCGCGAAUUCUUCAGGUCACGCUUCAACCGCAAAAAGAAAGGGAUGUACCGCCGUGCCAUCAUGGAGGCCGCCAAGGCGGUGGGACACAUGAGUGCCGAAAUCACAUCUCUGCUGACUCACUGCGAAACUUAGAGGACGAGGAUGGCAAUGGACUGGCUGUCAUUCAGGGUUUUGCAGGUGCUCCCAGGAUUUGGCGAUCUCCCCGGAUGGAGAGCGCCUUCGUUUGCCACGGAUAUCAUGAGGGAAGGUGCUUUAUUUCCCUCCACACGCGGCUGUUGGAAGAAAACGCGAUGCGCGGACUGUGUUCGAGGGGCCACGAGGAGAAUGUGGGAACCUCGGAGCGAACAAUUCCCCUGUUUGUCUCUCCAUCUUUCAUUUCUUUGUUUUUUUUAGGACGUACAUGAUAUUAGAACAAGUAGCUCGACACUAAAUCCGAAUGUAUUUAUUCACACAAAAAAAAAGCACUCGACCGGUGACUGGCCUCCUGUAAGAUCUCACUGCUGCUGUUUCUUAUGACUCUGACGUCCGUUUAGGAUUCGAACGGAACGACGAAUAUCCGUAUUAUACAAAACGACAAGUCUUACUGUGUCUGUUUCUUCAGAUUAUGAAAAUGUGAAAUUCCUUUUUUGCAUCAUGUAGGUCUUACACCAUGCAGUAUGUCAGUCGCUUCACUUUCUCUAUCCUCUCCAAGAAAUAUAUCUCUCGUAUGUCUCUCCAUCCUCUUUUUCACUCUUGAUUAUGUGAUGUUUUGCUUUAAUUAUUUAAUGUGUCACGUUAAGAGAAGCACUUUAUCCGUACCUUGGUGGCCUGCUGUGAACACUAACUCGAGUUUGCAGACUCUCGGAGUAGCCAACCCAUCGCUUUUGAAGUGAUUUUUAGUUUUUACGAUUAAAGGAUGCUUACAGGAAGUUGUGUACACUGUAUUCUCACGUUUAGCCCAGUUUACGUUGCUUUCCUCCUUUAUGAAAUGUUCCACUGGAGAUCUGGAGAGAACUGUACGCUCCUAUGCACCGUUUCUUUUAUUAAAGCAUAAAAAGCAGCGUGUUGGUGA